AUGGCUACCGUUACACAGGUUGCGGAGCUGCCUUUGCCUAUCCUACCUGAGGGAUGGAGUGCCGAAAAAGAUUUCAAGGCCAUUGGGCAGCUUUCUGAUGCUGUGCUGCGCAGUAUUGAGCCCGUCGGCCCUCACUUCCUUGCCCAUGCUCGCCGAGCUCGUCACAAGCGCACCUUCUCCGAAGAUGACCGCAUCCAGGCUCAAGAGAGCGCGAAGAAGGUUGAGGAUGGCGAUGAAAGCGACGAAAGCGAGGACGAGGAUCCCAUGAUGUUGCAACGCGAGGCCAAGGAUUGGAAAACACAAGAUCAUUACAAGGUCCUUGGCAUCUCCAAGUAUCGCUGGAAGGCUACUGAGGAACAGAUCAAGAAGGCCCACCGCAAAAAGGUUCUCAAGCAUCAUCCCGAUAAGAAGGCUGCCCAGGGCCACGCCGAAGAUGAUCAGUUCUUCAAGUGUAUCCAAAAGGCCACCGAAGUUCUUCUCGACCCUAUCAAGCGCCGGCAAUACGACUCUGUCGACGAAGAAGCCGACGUCGAACCUCCCACCAAAAAGCAACUUCAGAAAGGCGACUAUUACAAGCUUUGGACUAAGGUGUUCAAAUCUGAGGGCCGUUUCUCCAAAGUUCAUCCCGUUCCCACAUUCGGAAGCGCCGACGCGACGAAAGAACAGGUUGAAGAAUUUUACAACUUUUGGUACAACUUUGACAGUUGGAGAACCUUUGAGUAUCUCGACGAAGAUGUUCCCGAUGACAAUGAGAACCGUGACCAGAAGCGCCACGUCGAGCGAAAGAAUGCCAAUGCCCGCAAGAAGAAGAAGGCUGAGGACAACGCUCGUCUUCGUAAAUUGCUAGAUGACGCCUCUGCCGGGGACGAGCGUAUCAAGCGCUUCAGGCAGGAAGCCAACGCCGCCAAGAACAAGAAGAAGCUUGAGAAGGAAGCUGCCGAGAAGAAGGCGGCCGAGGAUGCCAAGGCGAAGAAGGAGGCCGAUGAGAAGGCCAAGGCCGAUGCUGAAGCCGCUGCCAAGGCUGACCGCGAAUCCGCCAAAAAGGCCAAGGAAGCCGCCAAGACGGCCGUCAAGAAGAACAAGCGCGUUCUCAAGGGUUCCGUCAAGGACGCCAACUAUUUUUCCACCGACGGAGACGCAUCGGCGGCUCAAAUCGAUGCUGUUUUGGGAGAUGUCGAGCUCAUCCAAGCCAAGAUUGACCCUGACGAGAUUGCUGCUCUGGCUGACAAGCUCAGUGGUCUUGCCAUUGGCGAGAAGAUCAAGGCAAUCUGGAGUGAUGAGGUUAAAAGACUCGUGGAAGCGGGUAAACUCAAGGAUGGUGAGGUCAAAUGCCUUGCAUAG